UUUGAAAAAAAGUUGCAUCGAAUUUGAGUUUUCCACUUCUCUGCCGCUGUGUUUGCACUUUAAUUUUUUUAUUAUUACUAUUAUUUACUUAGAUCAAUAUGUUUUAUGUUCAAUUGAAUUAUUAAAAAGAAACUUUUAUUAUUGUAUACUUUAAAUAUUACCAGAUAGAUACCCAUUACUUUGGUAUAAUACAUACAAUAAGUUAAUAAUAUUUAGAACAAAUCAAGUCGUUUAUUUAUUCCUUGUGUUGUUAUUCUUUAUAUUUUUAAGGUUAUUAUCGACCUGUCAAGAGGACAUUUUUUCGUCAAGCUGUCUCCGCAAAUUCGCAAAAUAGGAGACGAAAAUCCGUUCAAGUUCCCUAAUUUCUUGACAAAUCUACCACCGAUUGGUGGUAGAGCAAUGCCACGAUGCAGCAAACGCACGCGUGGUGCAGCAGCAGACCUGCUGCCCGGCACCACAGCUCUUGAAGACCACCACCAUCACAAGAGAUCAAGAAAUACUAGUUCGAGAAGACAUUCCAAAUCAGAAGACACAAGUUUUAGUGCAAAGAAAUGUUUAGCAUGGUUUAAAGAAUACACAACGGUUUCAGAGCCAGAUGUUUUAGGUCCAGAAGGUAUGGAAAAAUUUUGUCAAGACUUAGGAGUAGAUCCAGAAAAUGUAGUAAUGCUGGUCAUUGCCUAUAAAAUGGGGGCUAAACAAAUGGGAUAUUUUACACAAGAAGAAUGGUUAAAAGGUUUAACGGAGCUACAAUGUGACAGUGUACACAAAUUGCAGUCUAAAUUAGAAUACCUGCGCAGUUUACUCAAUGAUCCAUAUAUGUUUAAGGCUAUUUAUAGAUAUUCAUAUGAUUUUGCUAGGGAUAAAGAUCAGCGCUCACUAGAUACAGGAACGGCGAGAGCGUUGCUCGGUGUACUCCUCCCUCGCUGGCCACUCAGAAUACCACUGUCGAACUUUCUAGGCAACGAGCGACGUUACCGCGUCGUGAAUAGAGACCAAUGGUGUAAUAUACUGGAGUUCAGCCGCACUGUUGACACGCAACUCACGGCGUAUGACGCGGACGGAGCUUGGCCAGUAAUGUUGGAUGAAUUUGUGGAAUGGCUAAGAGCAGAGCGCGGAGAUUCAGCCAUGCAUGCCAGCUGAGACUCCACCGAGACAGGAAGAGGCAGUGCUCACUCUCACAUGAUUCAGUGUGGGCCUGCCUUGUAAUAAUUUUAAGUGUCAUGUAUAUUGAUUAGUUAUAUCUAUGUAUAUUUAUAUGAUUUAUACAUCCAUCCAUACACUGUCACAAUGGAAGAAUUGGAACUGUGAUUAUUUGUCGGUCAUUUGUAUAUUUAUUCAUUUUAAAUGUCAUGAUAAUGUAUAUAAAUUAUAAAUAUAAUCAAUAGAUUUGUUUUUCAACAACAGCUGUGUUAAAUUAAAAGCUAAGGUGUAAAUUUAUUUGAAGACUGCUUUACUUUAUUCUAAAUCAAUUGACUAAUUUUUUUUUUAUUUCAGCAUUGUUUUCCAAUUAUAACGAUUUUCUUUCUAGAAUCACAGUCCUAAUUCUCUUAGUAAGUAACUAUUAUAUGUCUGAUUUUUUUCUUUCCUUCAUGCACGCAUUUCUUAAUACUCCCGCAACUCAUUGACACAUUUUGUAUUAGCUAAUUUAUUAUUAACGCCCACCGAUCCAACGUUAUUUUUGAAAUAGUACAAGAUUUGUUAAUGUUCAGCAAAAUAUAGUAAAUAAUUUUAUUAUAUUAAUAACAUUGGAACAUUUAUAAUUGUUUUUUUUUAUUAAAUCCUGUAAAUGAGGAGGACAACAUUUAAUUAAAUUCUCAUUUUGGUCCAAUUAAAGUGUAGUAAAUUGCAUAUGAACUAGUUAUGUGAUUGCAAGCAUUCAUAUUUGUUUGUUACAUGUAAUUAACAUUAAUUUAAUAUAAUGAUCGUUUUUAAGUUUUAAAAUUUAGAUCAUUGAUUUAUAAUAAUGCAUAUGGGCCAUUUUAAUUUUAUUUAAUAUUGUAUAGUACAAUUCAUUUUCAUUAUAAUUCUUGUAUGUUUUCAUAUUGUAAACGAUCACAAUAUUUAUUUAAUCAAAUGCAUGUACCAUUUAUGGCCAAGUACUACUGCCAAGUCUCAUCAUGUCAAAUAUAAUCAUUUUUACCGGAAUGAUUACAGAAUGUUUAAAAUAUUUAACUGAAUCGCACAUUAACCCAUUGAGCCCCAAGCGGCCCGAUCGGUCCCAGACACAAUAUAUUUUCUAUUGUGUCUGUGGUUCCGGGGCCUGAGUUACUACCCUUUAAUCAGACAUAAAAUUGUUGUUGUAUGUAAUCUGCUAUUUUACAACUUCUUUAUUGUUAUCUAGAUUAUGUCAUAGUGCAUGUAUUUAAUAAAUAAUUAAACAUUCUGAAAUUGUUUUCAUAAAAUAGAUUUCUUAUAUUUGUAUGAAUAAAUAAUGGCAAGUAGUAGUGUUGAAGAAUUUGAAUAUGUUGAAAUCGACUGAAAAUGCUUUCGAAUUUGCUUUAAUUUCAGAGACUUAUUUGCAUUUUUGUAUUUAAGUAGUCAAGAUACCCGUUUAUACUGUUUAUUUAAAAUUUAUUGGUAUUUGCUGAUCAGUAUCAGAGCAAGCCAAAACUCGUAUAUUGUUUUAAGUUUACUAUGUGAUUGAAUAUAAAUGGGUAUCAUGACUGAAGGCGAAUGCUCUGAAACAAGUUCCAAUGGACUAGAUGUCUAGUCUAAUCCUAGGUUUAGGUGUAGAUAUGGUUUUGUAUAAGCAUGUAGGUAGUAUAUUCAAAUUCUCUGUGGAAAAUACAAAGUAACAGUCUCUAUUGUAACGGUGUAUCAAAAUUUAAUCUAAAAUGUUUUAGGCCCCCAUACCGAUUGUCAUUCAGGAGAAAUAAAUCAUUUGAAAAUUA